CGCUAUAUCUGCCAAAGAACAGAAUUUUUUAUAAAUGAAUUUAUUUGUGAAAUGGUGUCAUGAAAAUAUUCACCAGUUAAAGUGGUGUGACUAUAUUAGUUCAUAAAUAUGAAUAUUAGCACCAGAAAAUGAAACUUGGAACAAAGUUUGAUUAAAUAGAAGAAUCAGUGCUCAGCCUCCUCUCCAGUUAAGCCUUUCACCUUCUUGCCAUCAGUUGCCUAAGAGUCUUCUUCAAAUCAGACUUGGCAUGCUUACAACAGUGCUGUAAAGAAGAUCCUUCAAAACUUAUUUUGGAUUGAACUUAUACUAACCUGACACCGGGGACAUCUUGAUCAUAAAGGCAGUUCCCCCCUGACACCGGGGACAUCUUGAUCUGAAAGGCAGUUCCUCCAAGGCAUUCACGUCAUAACACUCAUCGACGAGGAGAACGAGUCUAAGGAUUUGGACAACUACCUCCUCCAUUCAGUCUGUCGACUCAACUACCAGAAUGUAAAGGUGCUGAGGAAAUGGUGUUCGUCUGGAAGUUGUGAAGACGACUUACCGCGACUCCAGGCUCUUCUGUCGGACUUGCCACCGAAUGACUGGGCGGUUGUUGUCAACCCCGGGAACGAAUUUGUUUACCUAAUGGCAAGUCCCGAGUUGGCCACAGAAAAACUCCUGGAGUCUGGUCGGAGUUUCAUUGUCGCUGCUCAGCCAAAGAAGGUCGAGGACCCCGAGAGAGACGGGAAGAAUAGAGAAGAAGAUGGCGCCGAAAACACAGAAAAAGGGAACUCGAAGGAAAAUGAUGAUGAGGACGAGAACAAGAUAAAGUUGGAAGACGUUGUUACCGAGUCUGCGGGUGGGGAAGAAGACCCCCUGAUGAAGGUGCUACGAGGUGGCACGAUUUUAGGUCGCGUGGACGCCGUCCGUCGAGCACUUGAGGCAAAACGCAUACCUGAGGGUUCGUUGGUUGACACUUCAGCCCAACUCGUGCUGUUUGGAAAUCGGCUGAUGGGAAGCUUUGGCGUCGAGGUCCCUAUUAAUACGAGAUUUAUCCCGGAGGUCGGUGGAGAUGACGAGGCGACUUCGCCUUUUGUUAUCUACAGUCUUGAAGAUAAAUUGGAUUUCUAUAAUAUCAUUCAGUUCGGCGGCCCCGGUCCGGAGUAUUGCCCCUUUACAAAGGAACAGCCACUUCCUCAGAAGGAGGAGAAACCUCGGAUCUUAGUGUCUCUAGACAUAUCUGGAAACUGGGUCCCUUUCCUGGAGGAGAUUCUCCAAGGGCUUCAGAAGCAGAACUAUCCGAAGGACAGGAUGGAUGUCUGGGUUCACGCCAAGUCUGGGGUACAGGAGAAAGAGGUGCAGCAGUUCGUAGAAAACGGAGGAGGGUAUUCUUCUAUCAGCAUCAACACAGAAGAAUCCGUCGAUAUGAGCUCAUUAAGGCUGAAGUGUGUGGAACUGUCGUGCGACUACCUGAUGGUUAUGGAGUCCAACGUUCUCCUCGACAACUCUGAGACGAUCCCUACUUUAAUUGCAUCUAACAGACCAGUAGUAGCUCCCUUCAUCACGGAGAUGAAAAGUAAACAGGCGAAGUCAAACAUGGUGUACUCUUACGAGGGAGACUCGCAGUGGGACGAAUUGAUCUCCAAGAGGACUGUUAAAGGAACUUUCCAAGUCGCGAAGGUCAGGAACAUAGUGAUGUAUCGAAGAGAUGCUGUGGACCGAGUGCAAGAAGGAGGAAAGGUCAAGCACUACAUCAACAACGAGCUCAGUAAAGUCGGGUACCUGCUGGACUUCCGCGGGUACAAAGAGGGCAAACUGCAUCCCGACCUGUGGGGCAUGAGGCACAAUAAGUUCAUCUGGAUCAGGCGCUACAUACACCCCGACGUCCUUCAGGUCAUCAAGAAGGAGAAGAAACCCGAGACGGUGGGGCCUUACCUCUACUAUCUUCCUUUCUUCACUGAACGCUACUGUCGAGAAAUGAUCGAGGAAAUGGAGCAUCACGGGAAGUGGUUCGAUAAAGAAGUGGAUGAUAGAGAGGAGGCAGCACAUCAUUAUUCCAGCAGAAACAUCAACUUUGAGGAGAUUGGAUAUGCUGACGAUUAUCACAUUGUUCUCAAUAGUGUUCAUAAGGAACUGCUGUCAGCCUUAUAUGGAAACUUUAAGGGAGUGGCGGAAGCAUCUUUGAUCUUCGUCCUGAAAUACGCCAGUGCAGCCAAAUAUGGCACUUUCAAAUACCAUCUCGACGGUGCCACGUACACGCUCAACAUAGCACUCAACAAUGGUUUCACGGGCGGCGGCAUCCAGUACAAGCUGGGCAACCGUUACUUCGGAGAGGAAGUGGAGAUCGCGGUGCCCCACAACAGGACGGGAUGGGCCGUAAUCCAGCCCGACCGCCCCCUCCACAGUCAUAAGGGCGUCGCCCUCGAGUCCGGAACCCGUUACGCCAUGAUUAAUAUCAUCGACACCAACGACGAAUUUUCAAAGGGAGGACCCAAGUGGGUUGUUUAAGAGGAAAGUCCCAAGCACGUUUCUCAGGUUCCAGGUUUUGGUUUCUUGGUGUGGGACGUCAGGCGGCAGGACCUGGCGUGGUUUGUUUUCAUGGAAUGUUUAUAACUUGAAGGAUGGCUGGGCGAAAUGUUUAUUUAUUAAACGAAACUCUAAAUUGGUUUUCCUUCUCGGAAAUCCUUUAUUUUCAGGGGAAUAUUAAGAAGAGGAUCUGAAUAUUUACUUGACUGAACGUCCUAAAAGGUAUAUUAUCUGAUUUUACCAUUUUAAAUAGAGUACUCGAUUUUAAUGAGGCUAAAGUUUUCAUAUUUAUAAUCGUAUGAAGUGUUUAUUGAAGGCAUGUCAUUUCAACCUAUUUCAGAACCAGUUAUGUGCCACGUAGCCACGUGUUGUCAUAUGGGGAAAUAGCUAUAAUCAAUUAUGUUUUAAUUGUAAGAGAUUGGUUAUGACCUAAUAAGACGAUUCAAGUAUUUUUCAAAGUGUCCUCGUAAAAGACAUGCAACAGGUAUCAGAAUAAUCGAUUAAGCACACUUUUGCAGUUGAUUAAAACUAAGUAAAAUUUUUUAUUAAUCGCAAACAAAUACCAAUUUUCAUUAAUCUAGCAAUACCAAUAAAGGGCAGUGAAAUCUGA